AUGGCAGAGGAACAAGCAAACCAAGGCCUUAUGGUCCCUCAUGGUUUGCGAAAGGAGUGGCUCAAGAAAAACAAGAGCCUAAAGGAGGUUCAGGAAAGCAGCCUGACGAAGGACAACAAAGGCCCAGAGAAGGAGACCAAAGACAAGGUGGCAAAGGCCGAGGGCUAA